CUUUGAUUGUGUUGAAUCUAAAAAUCAUCGUGGAAAAAUGUCAAAUUAAACCGCUAUUAUUUUAAUUUACACAUCUGUAAUUUAAAUCAUUAUUAAUGGCAGGAAAUAUUUCAAAAGUAAUUCUCGGUUUUGAAGAUGAAGUUAUAACUGAUAAAUACAAACUUUCUUGUAUGGUGGACAAAAUCGGCGGCACUCCGGUAAGAAAUAUUGAUUGGCCAGACUGCGUUGCCCUGUCCAACCCCUCGUGCCGGCUGUGUGGUCGUGUGCUGCCCCUGGUGUGCCAGCUGUACGCGCCCCUUGCCAGCAGCCCACUCCACCGCACGCUGUACCUCUUCGCUUGCGUCAGCCCAGGCUGCUGGGAUCAGGACGACAGCUGGGCUUGCCUGCGCUGCCAGUGGCCGGACGCGUCGUGCGUGCUGCCUGAGAGCCUGCCCCCCGCGACGACGGACUGGUGUGUGAGUGCGGAGGAGUGGGGCGACGCAGACGAGGACCGAGCCAAUGGCAAUACGGCGCUGGAGCCCCAGUGGUCGUCCUCUGAUGAGGAGGAUGAGGAGGGGGGAGAUGUAUUCCGGCUGGCUGGCCUGUCCUUGGAUGAGCGCAACACCGACGCCGCUGCGGGCCAGACGCGGUCCCCGGGAGCCUCUGCUGAGAUUGAAGGCCCUGAGGGGGAAGUGGUGACGGUAGACACGCCCGUGCUACCCGCCGGGAACCUGCUCGCCGUGCUGCGGGACGACGCCACAAGCCGCGCGGGCCUGCCCGAGGGGGCGGCACCCCAGUUCCAGGCAGUGUUCCUGGCCACCGGCGAGGAGGGCGAGGAGGAGCGGCCGUGCGGAGAGCACGGACGUGAGCUGCCGUGCAGAGAGCAUGGACGUGAGCUGCUGGUGAGCCACGGUGGGGAGGAGGAGGGCUACGAGCCCGACCGGCCGCUGCACGGUGACACCAUGUGCUACCGCUUCCUGCUGAGGCUGCGCAGACACCCACAACAGUUGCUCCGGUACUACAUAGGGACUCCGCCUCUUCUCCUGCGUCCCCUCGAGAAUGUGCCUCGCUGCUGUGCGUACUGCCGGGGCCCCGUGGCCUGCGAGCUCCAGCUGCUCCCCACGCUGAUGUACCGCUUGCGAUUGGUCGGCUCCACCGGCCACCACCUGGAGUUCAGCAGCGUCCUCGUGUGGAGCUGCCAGGGCUGCUGCUGGGCCGAGGGCGACCUCUGCCGGCGGGAGGUGGUCACUCUCCAGAGCGAGCACUCUAGCUCGCUCACUUCAAGUAACACUCUCUCAUGAGAGCUGUCAAGCAGUCUGCCGGCGGAAGGUGGUCACGCUCCAGAGCAAGCACUCUAGCUCUGCUCACUUCAAGUAACACUCUCUCAUGAGAGCUGUCAAGCAGUCUGCCGGCGGAAGGUGGUCACACUCCAGAGCGAGCACUCUAGCUCUGCUCACUUCAAGUAACACUCUCUCAUGAGAGCUGUCAAGCAGUCUGCCGGCGGAAGGUGGUCACACUCCAGAGCGAGCACUCUAGCUCUGCUCACUUCAAGUAACACUCUCUCAUGAGAGCUGUCAAGCAGUCUGCCGGCAGGAGGUGGUCACGCUCCAGAGCAAGCACUCUAGCUCUGCUCACUUCAAGUAACACUCUCUCAUGAGAGCUGUCAAGCAGU